CUCCAGUAACCCGGAAGUGCGCCGCCAUGUUUUCUUCACGAGAGCCAAUGAGAGUGUCGCGACUGAGAACAUCGAGGCUCUGCUCCGAGGCUGGAUGGUGAUCAGUCGCUAACAUGGCUGCCGUGGCGAUGGUGGAUAGUUGUCCAGGUAAAGACGCUGUAGCGGAGGGUCUGCUGGACCUGCUGAAACCCGCCGUCCAGCAGCUAGACCUCCACGUCCACUCCGUCCGAGAAAGUCAGGUGGAAUUAAGGGAGCACAUAGAUAAUCUGGCUACAGAACUGUGCCGGAUCAACGAACACCAGAAGGUAGCUCUGGACCUGGACCCCUACGUGAAGAAGCUGCUGAAUGCGCGGCGCAGAGUCGUGCUGGUCAACAACAUCCUGCAGAACGCGCAGGAACGUCUGAGACGACUUAACCACAAUGUUGCCAAGGAGACGGCGCGAAGGAAAACCAUGUUGGAAGCAUCAGGAGUGUUUACUUCCCGCUCUCCCAGUAAACCUUGAGCCCCAUAUUUACAUAUUUAGUUUUCUGACUUGGGCCUGCCUGCUUCUGUCAUGUGUAGAGGGUCCCCAGGUUCUUCAGCUUCCCCCGAUGGAUGGAUGGAUGGAUGGAUGGAUGAGUAGACUGUUUUACAUGAACAGUUGUACAGGUGAACGAUAUAUUUCUGCUCAUGAGGAAACCUAAAUGAAACCAGAUUAACUGGAAGUGUCUCAGAUGAUUUUUGGCUCUAUAGACGAAGACUCAACAUCUAUUUUUAAUUUAUGAUAUCAAAUAAAAUCUUUCCACUCUGUCUGCUUUCAUUUACGCUGUGAUGCUUCAUGAAUAGUUACAGCGUCUGACCUCGCUACAGCUUACACACAAUUACUACAUAUCUGCUACAUAACAGGGAAUGACAGCGCUAAUGGUAAUUAAAUGUAAUCUGAAAAAUGUAACUCAUCCCACCAACUCCGGCCUUUAAAAGAUAGCUUUGGAUAGCAUUGCUCUUCUGUGACUGACAGAAGUGAAGCUUCUGGUGUUUGCUGGUUGAAACAUGAUGUUGGCAAGUCCAGCGUGUAAGUCUGUGCUGCUUUUACUACUUAGACACGAGAACAAGUUUUACAUUUCUGUUUAUUAGAGGACGUUUUUUCUAAGCUUCUGUGAUGACUUCAACUUGAUGUCUUUACAGAGCUCCAUUCAGGGUCAAAGGUCAACAGCUACCUACCCUAUCUACCUGGAACUAUGGACCCUUUUGUGUCCGAGUGGAGGUCACACAGCUUUAACGUGUGUGUGUGUGUCUGAGUGGAGGUCACACACAGGGCUUAAAGUACUCCUUUUCACUAUUCAGGAAAAAAAAAAAGAUAAUUAUGUGUAUAGUGGUUGAGACUCUGAAUUGUAGAAAAUGAACAGUGAACAAUGUUAAAGUUGGAAAUUACACGUAUUCAUCUUGGAAAGUAAGCAGAACUUGCUGCUGCAUGUUUUCAGCAACAAGCCUGGACAUCGUUUCUGGUUACAGCACGUCUUCAUCUGCAGUUAAUAAAUCCGUUAAAGCAUUUUCUCUCUUAAUUUACACAUAUUGUCGUCUGCAUUCUCGUACUAUGUCGGUUUUACACGGAGAGGAGGAGCUGCAGACACAGAGAAGCUGAGCGAACCGACGCUAACGGGCAGCGCUCCAGCGGCCAUAUGAUCACACAACACCUGGAGCACCACCCACAGCUGACGUAGCGGCCCGGUGACUGAUCCAUGUUAAAAAGGAGAGGAGUCAAACCCCAACCAAAAAAAAAAGAAAUAAAACAGGAAAAAAGGUGUUAACGAGCGGUGGUGAUUGUACUGGAG